UACACGUACACAACAGAGUCAUGGGGGUUGCGGUUAUUACAUGUAUUACGCAGACAUCAACAUCAUUUUCUACCCUGAGCUUCGCAUCGUUCACAGCACCGUGUCCUAUUUCUAGUCGUAGAACUCGUACGUUUGUAAUAAAGGUUUGUUAAGAAGUUGAACCCAUGUUUUAUUGUGCACUGAGUGUCUCUCCACCGAAUCGGAUUGAGACCAAUGAGCGUUCUCCAACAACCGAUGGUCCAUGGAGUUAUAGCCGCUCGUGUAGUAAACCUAAGCAAUCUCAGGAACGUGUCCCGCGGCCGUUGUAUAUCCAGGAUAGUCCGGACGAUGACAAAAUCAAACACCAAAAACCAUGAGGGCGCUGUUAACACUCCCCGGUUGCCACCAGAAAUUGCCCCGUACAAAAGCUGCACAGGACGAAUCCAGUCGACCACUGCCCUUGUGGAAAGACCCCCUAGCUGCCAGGAUUUAAGUCUCCCUGAGAAGAUCAACAUCUCCUUUGCUGGAUGUGGGUUCCUCGCUGUCUACCACCUGGGCGUGGCCAAGGGUCUACUCACACACGGGCAGCAUGUUGUGUCAAAGGUCAACCGUUGGGGCGGGGCGUCAGCUGGCGCCAUUGCCGCCGCUGCUAUAGUGUGCAUGCCAAACAAAUUAGGGGAUGCCGUUCAGAUGCUGAGAGACUUCGUAGACGUGGUCCAGAAGCGGCCACUAGGAGCGCUGACGCCGGGCUUCGAUGUGCUGAGCUACCUACGCGGCGAACUGCAGCGCUAUGUGCCGGCCGGUUCCUACAGACUAGCCAGCCAGAAGCUCUACGUGUCCGUCACCAGGGUAUCGGACGGCAAGAACGUCUUGUUGACGGACUUCAGAUCGGACGAAGAGCUCAUAGAGGCCCUGCUCUGCAGUUGUUACAUUCCAGUUUAUUGUGGCUUCAGAGUACCAACGUUCCGAGGACAGAAAUACAUCGACGGUGGUAUGACGGUGAACAUGCCCAUCUACCCUGAUGGCAGGACGCUGUGCGUGUCGCCCUUCAGCGGUCACUUGCAGGACAUCUGCCCGGCCGACAAGUCCUGGCUCAGCCUGAGCUACGUGGUGGCCGGUCACAGCUUCCGGGUCUGCUCGCAGAACAUCUGGCGGGCCAUGGUGGCGCUUUUCGCCCCAAGUCACGAGACCCUGAGCGAGUACCUCGAUCGGGGAGUGGGGGACGCUAUUACAUUCCUGCAGGAGAACAGACUUUUGGAAGAGAGAAUCAAGAGGGAGAGCUGAACGGAAGACGCUCUCCUGCCCAAUCUUUUCCUUGGAGCGAAUUCUUUGAAACUCCAGUGGAAUCCAUUCAGGAAACAAGAAUACACUUCUGUGCAUCACAAACCUGUAACUUGUGAUUGGACUUGUGUUUGCGUCAGUGCAUGGUCUUGUGACUGGACUUGUGUCUGCAUCAGUGGUCUUGAGACAGUGUCGGGCCCCGGCGAGAAUGCACCCUUGUCACUAGUUCACGCCACGUCUCUAUGAGUACUGGGUAGCGUUACUAGGCAUGCUAUUUUAGGCUACUGCGUAAUUCUACUUGUAAAAAGAACCUUGUAAAACAUAUUCACGGUGAAUAUGUGCAAUUCACGGAGAAUAUGUGCAAAGCCAGAGUCCCAAACCAUGCACAGUCACUCGUUGAGGGCACCAAACCCUAGUAGUCCCCGAGGUCAAGACAUAAAUACCCAAGACCAGCAAGUGUGAAAAAACCUUUUCUGUAGCUAAAUAAUUUCUAUAUAUAUUUCAUUAUAAGCAAUAUAAUCCAAGAAUUCUACACAUGCAUGUCUCACAUCGGAAUGGCGGACCGAGUGUAUGCCCCCAUUCUAACCCCCUUCAAGAUCACAACCGAAAGUUCAUUUAGUACCAGAACAGGGAAAAGAAUCCUGACUUCUGCAAUGGACAAAUGAAUAUUGUUGUUAUUACCGGGCUCCAUGUGCAUAGGCAUAUAGCCCGCUGGUGACCUGGGUAGAAACACACAAACAGCACCAGCUUGAGAGGCUGAGGAUUGUCGUUGUAUAUAGAUUACUAUACACCCUAGCUAUUCAUUAGACUUUUUUUUAAAUCUGUGUUAAAACUUGAGUUAAUAGGCUGCACUUUAUUUUUGUAAUUUAAUGUUUGUAUAUGUAGUUCUAUUGCCUGGUAUUUCCAAAACGUAGCACUGUUUUUGACAGUUUCUUAUUUAAUAAUGCAGGGUACAACGUGAGCUGGACUUUUAUAUUGUAUAGUGUAAUUUGGCGACUGGAGUUAGAAGCCAUUAGUGCGGUGCCCACCUGUUACGACGUCAUAGAAUUGUAUGUAGUACGAUUCUUGUAUUCUUACUGUAUGUUUAUUCAUUUUAUCUGGUAAUGAAAAUGGAUUUCAUGUGACAAGACCCUCAGGCAUUAAAAGGUCAAACAAUAAGACCACAGCAAUACAA